UUAAACACAUCUUGCUCAGUAUUUACUUCAGAAAUAAAAGCUAUGUUUUCAUCUCUACAAUCAAUAGCCCUAUUCGUUUACAAAAAGUGGGUGAUAUACACUGACUCAUCAUCCAGUCCUGCCAGAUCCGCAAACAUCAUGGUCGAUAAUAGUGUUCCUUUUGAUGAAAUUCAAAACGCAAUCUCUGAAUGUCUUAAAACACAUUGGCAGCGGACCUGGAAUCUUGAAACACUAAAUAAAUUACACUCGAUCCAACCAUCGGCUAAAGGUUUCAAAUCAUUACAACUUUCCAGAAGAGAACAAGUUUUAUUAAUUCGUCUUCGCAUCGGUCAUACCAGGUUCACCCAUAAAUACCUCUUAUGCCGUGAACCAGCUCCAACUUGUAUUAAAUGCAACGUCAACCAGACAGUGUUGCACAUUUUAUGCAACUGCCCAAAUUUUAAUCAUAUACGUUUUAAGUAUUUUAAUAAUUUUAACCCAUCUUUGAAGGAGUUGCUGGGGGAACCACCCCAUCGCAAUUUGUACCUCAUCCCCCGUGAGAUUGGUUUCUCCUUUUUAAUUUAG